GAGUUUCAGGUAGCUCUCCGGGAGAGGGGAAAAAGCAAACCGGAGAGAGGAUUCGAGACUCGCCGCCGACGGUACGAUCUUCACUCCACACGUCGGUCGGCGUUCUCGGUGAAAAGCUCCCCAGUGGCUUCACUGUUCUGGCGAUCGAGUUAACGUCGGUUGGGAAAGACCGGGGAAUCGCCGGAGACGCGCCGAUCCGUACCCCGAGCUUCCACCUCGCCGGAGAGGUGGGCGGCGAGGAGAUGAGCUUCGAUGAUCAGGACCGCAAGAGGAGGAGACGAGCUGGUGGCAAAGCGAAGCAAAUGAUCGAGCGAGUUGACUCGGAGGAGAAGGGGAAGAAGGAGGGAAAUAAAUUCGAGAGGAAGCUUGUGAAGUUCAAGGAUCUGCCGGAGUAUAUGAAGGACAAUGAGUACAUAUUGGAUUAUUACCGGUGCGAGUGGCCAUUGAAGGACGCGAUCCUCAGCCUCUUCUCAUGGCACAACGAGACAUUGAACGUCUGGACGCAUUUAGGAGGGUUUUUCAUAUUCGUGACGCUGACGGCGAUGAGCUUGACGGAGAAGACGGGAAUCAGAGGCAUACUUAGAAGCUUCACAAGGGGCACAGUUCCGGCGCCGUUGAUGACGAUGAUCAAGGACAUGAACGUCUCCUCAGCCAAUGUGCUCAACGAUUCACACUCGAGACAGAUGCAUCACCCAUCAAUCCUGCAUCUAAAUGAGAACGAGGGUGACAACAUUCCCGGGUGGCCUUGGUACGUGUUCCUCGCUGGAGCAAUGACCUGCCUCAUCUGCAGCUCUCUAUCGCACCUUCUCGCGUCUCACUCGAAGCGGUUCCACCACUUCUUCUGGCGGCUCGACUAUGCCGGAAUCUCUGUCAUGAUUGUCUCUUCCUUCUUCGCUCCAAUCUACUACGCCUUCUUCUGCCACCCUCACUCCCGCUUCUUCUAUCUCUCCACCAUCUCCAUCCUUGGAGUCCUCGUUGUGUUCACCCUCCUCUCCCCGGCUCUCUCCACCCCUAAAUUCCGCACCUUCAGGGCCAGGCUUUUCCUCGCAAUGGGCUUCUCAGGUGUCAUCCCUGCUGCUCACGCAGUGGUCGCCCACUGGCAGGACCCCCAGAUAUUUGUAGCCCUGGGGUACGAGCUUCUGAUGGGCCUGUUGUAUGCUGCUGGGGCAGGAUUUUAUGUCAGCAGGGUGCCCGAGAAAUGGAGGCCGGGGGCCUUUGAUAUCGCCGGGCACAGCCACCAAAUCUUCCACGUGUUCGUUGUCGGGGGAGCACUGGCCCAUUGUGCUGCCACAUUGGUGGUUCUCGAUUUUCGGCUGAGAUCACCCGUGUGCGCGCCUUACUAGUACAAAGUGGACUGGACAGUCUUUUCACAGACUCAAAAUUCUUCUCCAAUGAUUUGUGCUAUAUUGCACCUGUGUUGUAGUAAUCUGAAACAAUAGAACCAUCUCUGGUGGUAGGGAAGGGCGGACAUGAGAGCAGUUUUGAUUUCUCUCGAAACCAAGUUCAUUGUCACUCAUAUACAAAUCUGCUUUUACGAGUGCGGCAAAUUAAGAUUGAAACUGAUACAGAUCAAGAUUGAUCGAAAA